UGCGCAUGCGCGGGCAGAGCUCUGGUCGCGCAGGGGGAGGAUGGUGGUCGGACCAAGCUGACGGCCAGGCUAGAAAGGCAUGCCGCCCAAAUACGACAGGAGAGCACAGACGCAGCGCACCGAAAGCCGGUCCAACCUUGUUGGCAAGUUCACGACAUCCGUAAAGAAGUUUGUCCAAGAUGUUGAGUUCGACCACACCCGCGAAGGCGCGGUCCAGACGAGUGAAAGACUCUUCAUGGCCGAACAGAAGGUCAGCGAGUCUUAUCAGACGGUCAAGUGUGCCCUGAUCAAGCUGCACGAACGGUACGAGGCCUCCAAGGCGGAGCGGAAUAUCGUCCACCGCUACGCCCUCUUCAAGGCGAUGGUGAAGGAUGUAACCUGCCUGGACACGCAGUACUGGGUACUGCUGGAUCUUCCCCGCCAGGAGAAGCAGGAGCAGGUGAACGCGUACGUGUUGCGCGCCUGCGCCACGCUCGAGAAGGCGUCCGAGUCGAGGACGCAAGACGCCGCCGCCAGGGCCACUGCAGACGAGGAGGCCCGCGAACGCAAGCAGAGGCUCGAUGGUAUGACCGUGCAGGACAUCGAGGAAGAGAAUGCACAAACCAUCAACGACUUGUACCGCCUGCUGAAGAAGUACAGCAACCUCCGGGGCAUCGUGCACGGACUGCAGAUUGCCUACACGGACGCUAAGGUGUACCCUUUCAUACCGCGCUACAACAUGCUCAAGGAUAUGAUCAAGUGCGUGCUCCGGGACCCGAGCUACAUGGAGGUCUGCCACGAAGACAUCUCCCGGACCUAGUGGCGCCGCCCGCUUGCCGCUGGUUGCAUCAGCCUAUCGCUGUUGCCGCGCUCUGUCGUAUCGCGCUCUAUUUCAACACCGCUGACUCUCUCGAAACGGACCGCGGCACCAGACGCAGCACUCUGCUCGCUGCGAGGGAGCCGCGGUCACGUCGCGCUGCAUUGCUGCUCCUUUCGCUGCACCCCGCUCCUUCCCAUCACGCUCGGCCUAAGCGCUAACAUUACACAAGUAGCCCGGUCUAAAUACAAGCUAGCUGCAGUUCGCAUCUUGAUUUAUCUGAUUUGGCUUUAUCGAAAUCGUGUUUCGUUUGCACCGAUCAUUUCCAAGAAACACUCGAAGGAACACAAAAAAGACAACUAAAUAGAAAAGUCUCACUUCAGUGGUAUCUGUCUGGA